UGGGGCUACAAGUGCAGCACCCACAACUGCACCAGCAACAACUGCUGCACCAACAACUGCUGCGCCCACGACUGCCGCACCCACGACGUCAGCACCCACAACUGCAGCAGCGACAACUGCAGCAGCUACAAUGGCUGCACUUACAACUGCUGCACCUACGACUGCUGCACCCACGACUGCCACACCCACAAGUGCAGCAGCAACAACUGCUGCACCUACGACUGCAGCACCCACAACUGCACCAGCAACAACUGCAGCACCUACAACUGCUACACCAACGACUGCCGCACCCACGACCGUAGCAGCAACAACUGCAGCACCUACAACUGCUGCGGCUACAACUGCUGCACCCACAACUGCACCAGCAACAACUGCUGCACCAACAACUGCUGCGCCCACGACUGCCGCACCCACGACUGCCGCACCCAUGACGUCAGCACCCACAACUGCAGCAGCGACAACUGCAGCAGCUACAAUGGCUGCACUUACAACUGCUGCACCUACGACUGCUGCACCCACGACUGCCACACCCACAAGUGCAGCAGCAACAACUGCUGCACCUACGACUGCAGCACCCACAACUGCACCAGCAACAACUGCAGCACCUACAACUGCUGCACCAACAAAUGCUGCACCCACAACUGCCACACCCACAAGUGCAGCAGCAACAACUGCUGCACCUACGACUGCAGCACCCACAACUGCAGCAGCAACAACUGCUGCACCUACAACUGCAGCACACACAACUGCACCAGCAACAACUGCUGCACCAACAACUGCUGCACCAACAACUGCUGCGCCCACGACUGCCGCACCCACGACCCACAACUGAAGCACCUACGACUGCACCCACAACUGCACCAGCAACAACUGCAGCACCUACAACUGCUGCACCAACAACUGCCGCACCCACGACCUCAGCACCAACAACUGCAGCACCUACAACUGCUGCACCAACGGCCGCAGCAGAAACAACUGCGGCACCCACGACAGCAGCAGCAACAACUGCAGCAGCUACAACGGCUGCACUUACACCUGUCGGACCUACGACCGCAGCAGCAACAGCCCGACGUCUAUCAAAAGAAACUUCUCCUGCUGAAGUAG